AUGGACAAUAUGAGCAUUCCAGUUCCCUAUAUAAAUGGGUUGUGGUUGUACAAGACGAGAACCAAGUUAAUUAGAAAGAUGAGAGGAACAUUGAGGGCAAGGUCAUGGGUGGGAAUGCUUGUGUUGGUGUUAAUGGUGGGAGAUGUUUGUGUGUUUCCUAUGGUGAGUGGAGCUACGACCGCUAACCAGUGCAAGGAGGAGAAAAGGCUUCUGGUUAAUGCUUGUAGGGGUGUCAUUUUUGGACAAAACCCUUCUGCUGCUUGUUGCCAGCGUGUUAGGGUCACCCAGGUUGAGUGUGUGUGCCCCUCUGUUACCUCUAAGUUGGCAGCCCUCAUCGGAGUUCAACGUGCCAUCAAGCAGAUACAAGGUUGCGGAAGGGCCAUCCCUCGCAACUUCAAGUGUGGGAGUAUCACUACUCCAUGA